CCAAAAUACAAAAAGCUAUCAGCUGGAUUUCUGCAGAGGAAAUCCAAUACAGAUAAAGACAAAGCUUACACUUUGAUCUCAAACUGCAGGGGCACCACUGAAUUUAAGUGAGCACAGGCCUCGGCACUUGAAAGUUGGUGACACCAGCUACAGAGAUUGCAAUCAGUGCAGCAAGAAAACCCAACUAUUUAGGAAAAGCCCAUCACCUUAAAUUUGGUUUUUCCUUUUUGUUUUUCUUUGUUUUUGUUUUCUUAAAGUGAAGAACUGGCUGAAAAGCAAAGGAGGUUGUGUCUUCAGUGCUGUGUGCAGAACUCUGUGAUCUGCGCUGACAGCCAUCCUUGAAGAAGGCCAUUAACACAGUAAAUGGAAGGCAGAGGAGUCAAGAGCUGGAAAGGGGAUUUAAAACCGUCAAACAGCUGAUGAAAAUUCGAGUACUUUGAGGACGGCAGAAGCCUUAAGAGUCAGACUGACAGACAAUCGAAGUUGGCCAGUGAAGACAGCAAAAUGCAGACAAUACCAGUGUGAUUCACUGUCAUCCUAUACCCUGCUGCUGCCUCUCUCACACCUACUUACCUCACCCAAGACACCUGAAAGACUGAAAGGAACACAUGGUUCAGGCAGGUGAAGACAAUGCUCACAGGGAAGUCGCCCCACUAGGGGCGGCGCACGGACCCGCAUCCCUCUGCCCUCUGCUGCGGCACACCCAGGCCCCGGGAGGACACAGAGCACCGCAGCACCUGGACCCCUGGCAGGAAGUGGCCACCUGGAGAGAAGAGCCCGAUGGGCAGCGGCGCGCAGCUGUGCCGGGAGAGCCGGCCAGAUGUGGGAGGGAGCACCGGGAGGUGGGGGCUGUGCUUCCACAAGGAAUGCUACCGUGGGCCGCUCGUGCCCAGCCCCAGCGGAGCGAGGCCCCCGGCGCCGGGCAGGCCUACUCGGCUGCGCCGCCGCAGCAGCUCCCCGGCACGGCCGCUCGUGCCCCCGCCCGCCACGACCGCGCGCUCGAGGGCUCCCGGUUCUUCUCGCCCGCCUUUCCUGCCCUGCCCCGGUCCUCGGGCUCCCAUGCCGCCUGAACUCCUACCGGCUUCCAGUCAGGAACGAGGCACCGCCGUCGCCUGCGAGAAACUCCGCUUUCCACCAGCCGCUCUGGCCGCCGGCUGCGCGCCUCCCAGGCCGCGCCGGAUCCUCCGCUCCCCCUGCCGGCCGGCGGCCAUUUCCGACCGGCGACGGCGGAACUUGCCGAAGACCCGGGCCGGAAAUGGCCGAACCUGCGCUCGCCUGCGAGGGGAAAGCACAGAGGUGUUCGUGACUUUCCGGACGCACCCGAAAGCGGAGGAGGUGGUGGCGGUGGGCUCUGCCUUCAAGGAUCCCAGGCGCAGGCUGGGAGCCCGGUGAUUGUGAGAAGGGCCAGGCGCGUGGUCUUGAGGGGGGAGCCGCACUAAUCCCGGUAGCCCUCAGCCUAAAAAUUAGCCCAUGUCCGGCUGAGGUGCCCUGCUCUAGAACACACAGUUCUGAAACACUUUUAAAUAUUUAGCUGCAAAUAAAGGGCGGAGAUGAAUGGAUGCUUAGGAAAGAAAAAAAAAAUCCCCGGCUUUGCAAAAAACAACAUGUUAAUCAAACUUGUGGUUUGUGGGCUAGAAGGAAUACCAUUUAAAUACUUUAAAGGCAGUCCCUGUGAUUUGGGAAUUGGCAAGACCCAAAAGAAAUGAGAGGUUAAGGAUGGAAGGAGGAUCAAUCCUAGAAGUGGCACGAGGUCACUGGCGUUAAGAAAAUAGUUUAAAAUCACAAUAGUGGUAUCAUCUAAAAUUAGAUUGCUUCGA